AUGGGCUCGACCUCUGACCCUGAAGGAGCAAGUUUGGCCCUCAAUCCUCGACUUGCGAUCAUAGACUCAUCGCUCCAGAUAGUAUUCCGUAUUCAGUCCUAUCGUCCGACCGUCUGUGGGACAAGUCGAGCCCAGAGCCAGAUUAGCAGGAACUUGCCCAAGGCCCGAGGUCAACGGAGUGUCGGAUUGUGGCGUAUCGCGAACCCCGAUACGGCGACCUCGAAGGACGCGGGAGCGGGCUCCGUUUCCGGUUCUCCCUUCCCUGGGUCCUUUCCUUGGCUCAUCGCCAGUAAGCCAAGAGCGGCUCCGACAGCCGAUGUCCAGAAUUCAAGCGCUUUGCCUCGCGUUAGUGCCUUGGCGCAGGCUGCUGCGGCGCAAGGCCUCCAUUCGGUCUUCAAGCCGUCCGAAGAAAUUAUUACUUUGGCAUUUUCUCGCACUCGAGAAAAAGUAAAAGAAUGCGUCCAAAGUACCAUGGGCGUUAUUCCCCUGCUUGGUUGUCCCCCAGGAUUUGGGAGGAAAGAAUUAAUGGGAGCAACAGCCACGUCCGCUCUCUCCCCGCUGUCCUCCAUACACCUGAUUGAUUGCUCGCACUUCAUUCGCGGACUUUUGUGCGACAGCCCACCAAGUGGAUGA